GACUCACAAAAAGCCCUCCAAUGGCGCAAACGGCUCUUCUACGAGAAAUCAAAUAAGGCGGACACCCUCUUAGCCCGCAACUUACACCAAACACCACAAACUAAGCACAUCAACCAGAUAAACUCCCCGGGCGGAAGCACACAUGACAAACCGGACCGCAUAGCAUUGAUCUUCUCCCAAUACUUCACCUCACUCUAUAACCACAACCCUGCCCCCUCGCCAACCCUAAAACAAGACAUUGAAAUAUACCUCUGGAACACCCCCCUCCCAUCACUAACAGACACG